AGAUCUUGGCUCAUUUCCCAUAGUGAUCACUCUACCUCUUCCUCCUGUUGAGUGAUCAGGAUACAAUGCAGCGCAAGGCGUUGAAGCAGCUCGGCAAAGUAACACAAUGGACCAACGAAAAGGUGUUCAACAGCGAGAAGACGGCUUUGCCAGCCGAACUUCAGCAGCUGGAAAGAGAGAUUGAUCCAAAGAAGCUCGCUAUUGAAAGGCUACACGGCACGGCUAUGCCAUUCUUCAACCAAUUGACCAAGGCCAAGCCGACGGGGGACCCAUACCCUCCAUCGUCCUCUGCCAAGGACAAGAUCCUGCACACAGAAGCGCUGGGCCUGGUGAUGACAGAUGUAGGCUCUGAAUUGGGCGGCACGUGGGGAGAAGGAUUGGUCAAAUAUGGUCGAGCGAGGUCAAAGCUAGCUGCGGCCCAGGAGGACUUCACGGGUAGAUUGGGCGAGACGUAUAUCGCUGGAAUGGAAAAUGCUUUUGAAGUCGUGAACGAAUACAAGACGAUGCGCAAAAAGCUCGACUCUAGAAGGCUCGCACUGGACGCAGCUAUUAGUAAAGCUCAGAACAGCAAGAAGGAUACCAGGGCCUUGGAGUUUGAAGUGGAUGUCGCUAGAGAGCGAUUCGAAGAGAUGCAAGAAGAAUGCCAGGUCCGCAUGGUCGUCAUUGAACAGCAGGUGGACCCGCAAUGGGCAGAUCUGUGCGAAUUGAUGGAAGCAGAACUGGAGUAUUUUACGAGAUGCAAGGAGAUUAUGGAGGAAUUGAGAAAUUCGUGGCCAAAAGGCGCUGUCACUGUCCCCGUCACAUCUCGGUCGCGAGCAAAAUCCAAUGCGUCAGCCAUGUCUGCUGGCAAGGGAAAAUCCUACGGACGUUCCUCUAAUGUUCCAUCGGACGAUGAGGAUGAGCCUAGCACCAAUCGUUCCCGAUCUCAUUCGAACGCUUCUUCUUUGAAAGGUGGCCGCAAAUCCAUGCUCGGAGCCUUGGGCUCUUUCGGCAAGAAAACCGGCAGUCUGGCCAACUUGACCCUCGUUGGAGGGACAUCGAAACGCAAGAGUGUCUCGGGAAGAGACAAGGAUAGAGAUCGAUAUGAUGGAGAUAAUCGGCGCGAGUUGUACUCGGACGACGAGGAUAUGCCCGCUUCCCCAUCGACGUACACGGGUCGGUCUCGCUCGAGAUCAUCACUGUCAGGUGUGACAUUCAGCGAAUCAACGGACCGACCGCCUGCGUUCAGGCGGAACAAUACUGCGCCCCUACAAUCUCACGCCGAAGGACAUUGGGUUAAGGCGUUGUACGACUUCACUGGCUCAGCAGCGGACGAGCUGAAGUUCAAAAAGGAAGACAUGAUCGAAGUGUUGGAGAAGGUCAACGAUGAUUGGUGGAAUGGAGAGUGUCAUGGCCGACAUGGUUUAUUCCCUUCAGCCUAUGUCGAGGAAUACGUGACUCCUGCUCUCGCGUCUCGCCCCAAUGGUCGAUCAAGAGCUCGAGCAGCUACGACUACUGCUGUUCCUGAAUCCUCAUUCAGCACCAUGAACCUCAAUACCUCAGAUUCUGAAUUGGAGCAUGGUUUCUCCGACGCGGAGCAAUGGCAAACUGCUUCCAUCUCAAUGAAUGCUCAAAGACCUUCCUCCCAGGACAAGAUGGAAGAACGAGCUGCUCCGUCUCGACCCGGUGGUAGGAAACCUGCUCCGCCUCCUCCACCAUCUCGUCGAUCUCAAUCAUCUCAACAUAUACCUUCGUACGGAGGCUCCAGCUCAUUGUCGAAUUCCCAAACGCUUGCGCCGAUCCCUGCGUUCCAGCGCCGAAAUCUGAAUGCUUCGCCGGAAGGAUCACCAUUUGCAGGAUCGGAGGAAGACGAUUAUGAUGAUGAUGAGAUAUUCGGCGGAAACGGUGUAAAGGCACCCAUAGGAGGGUCCGGAGCGGCCUUGUCAAUCGACGGUCUAAGUUCGAGCGAGUCUACGACGGAUCUGCAUCAUGACUCGACGUAUAGGAAAAGAUAGUGGUGCUGAGGGCAGGGGAGUCCUAGGGUCGUCGGGUCUUUCUCUCGUCUUUCUCUCUCCUUCAGAGUCUCGUAAACAGCAGGGGGUUGUUCUGUUGUCUCGCACUCAAGUAUCGGGUCUGGCGUCGUAUUUUUGACGGAGUUGAAAUGGGAAGAAUCGUGGUAGGCUUGCGCUUGUAGAAGUAUACAUCUUGGACAUACAUGAUCUUGCAUACCCAACUCCGUCCA